AGUCAGAAGAAGAAUUUUAUGAUGCUCUGAGUAGUCCUGUGGAAGACAUGCCAUUUUUUGAAGCACCAUCUGGUUCCCUCAAGCGAGCUAGUAGUACAAGACGAAAAAAACUACGUAAACAAGAAUCUUUGAAAAAUAUGACAGAAUUCCAGCUAAGGUUUGAAGUAGCUGAGGUCUUGAUUAAAUUAUGCCGUCUUACUGGUAAUACUGAGACACCUGUGCUGCAGCUUGAUAUUGUAGGGUUAGGCACUGAACUUAAAUUAAGAACAUUUGACAUGACUGCAAAUGCUUUCCUGCGUGAAGUUUGUCUGCUGUGCCCAGAGUAUAUGGAUGAUAAUGACCAGCCAGUUUACAUAAUUACUACUUUGGACAAUGUAGAAGAUGAUCUUCUCACUCUGGAGUACAUAAAGGCUGAUAUUAAUGGACCGGAACUGAAAACUGCCUAUCAGAAUGUUCUACAGAAAAUAAAGGUGAACUUUUCAUCUCUAGAUGUUCAUUUGCAUACUGAAGCUCUGCUGAAUGCUAUGAACUAUCUGAAUAAUCUUCUACCCAAACAAGAAACUAAAGUUGCAGAAGAACCGGUCCAUGAAAAAAUAGAGGAGAAGAAGGAUGUUCUUAAGAAAUUAACAUCAAAAAAAUCGAAGUAUGAAGAUGUUAUUGACCUCAAUAUCUGUGCAGAUUUAUCCUGUUUACGUAUCUUUAUUAGAGAGAAAAAACACAGAAUAGCUGAAAUUCACAUUGAAGGUCUGGAUAGCCAAGUGAUCAUGAAGAAAGCAGCAACGGAAGUGACUGCAAAAUUAAAGAACAUCAUUAUUGUGGAUUCUGAUGACACGGCAUUGUAUAAAAAGGCUCUUUACAUCACAGGAAAAGAAGUCUUCAACUUUAGAAUGGUAUCAUAUGUGAAUGCUACAGACGGCAUUGCGUAUACAAAUAUGGAUGUUGUUGACAAUCGUGUUUACUUAACUGUUGGCUGUAUUCAAGUAGUUUUUGUCAACAAGUUUGUUUCAUCUAUUUUGGCUUUUAUAAAUAACUUUCAAGCUGCCAAGGAAGCUCUUACUGAGGCAACUGUUCAAGCAGCAGAGAAAGCAGCUACAGGUGUAAAAGAGCUAGCGGAGCGUAGUUCCCGUUUGGCACUAGAUAUCAAUAUUAAAGCACCUGUUGUGAUAGUUCCACAGUCAGCAAUGUCUGCGAAUGUCCUGGUGGCUGAUCUUGGUCUAAUCACUGUGAAGAACCAAUUCUUUAUUGCCAAAACAAAAACACGGUAUAAUCUCCCACCUGUUGUUGACUCUAUGACAGUGAAAUUGAGUGAACUAAAGUUAUACAGAUCAUGCUAUGAGCAAGGUUCAUUGCAAACUGAAGUACAGUUGCUGCAGCCACUCAAUCUGGAAGUAGCUGUUGAACGAAAUUUAGCUGCUGCAUGGUAUAACGAAGUUCCUGAUAUUGAAAUAUCUGGCCGACUCAAGCCUAUGAAUCUAAUUCUCAGUCAGGAAGAUAUUACCACAAUACUAAGGACACUAAAUGAAAAUAUAGGUGGGAGCUCUGAUGCAUCAACAUCUUUACCAGAACCAAAAGAUACGACUAGCCAUUGUAGUGAUAUGCAUAGUACUUCACAGCACUCUGCAGGUGUAACUGUUGUGACAUCAGCUGUGGUGGAAUUGCAUUCACCUAUGAAAAUAAAAACAACACUAAAACUGGACUUCAGAUUCGACUCUCUGACUCUGGUAUUGUAUAGUCCAAAUUCAAAACAGAUUACAAAUUUGGAUCAGAGAGAUGACCUUUUGAAGCUUGCAGAGUUUAAAUUAGUUUUGAUGUCAGCUGCUGUCAAAAUGUUAUCAGAUGGUUCAAUGAAUGCUUCCGUCAAGCUGGCAAACUGUACAUUAGAUGAUAAAAGACAGUCAAUCCAGAAGGCUACACCAAGGAUGGUGGAAAUGAAACAUGGAUUUGAAAAGAAAGUUAUGGUGGAUAUAAGCUAUAAGCAGGGGCGAGAUGGCACUGUUCUUGAUGUGAUUGUUCAAGAGACAUACCUUUGUGCAAGCAUGGAGUUUCUACUUACUGUUGCAGAUAUAUUCCUAAAAGCUAAUGCAGAAAGUGCUGCUGCGCAGAGAAAUCUCAAACAGUCAUUACCUUUAAAGGAGCAAGCACCUGUGCAGUCUGUAUCUACAAUGGAAAUGAACAUUGUUGUUAAAAAUCCAGAGAUUGUGUUUGUGGCUGAUUUAACAAGAAGUGAUGCUCCUGCAUUGGUGGUUACAACACAGUGUGAGGUCUUCAUUAAAAAUAGCCCUGAAAAGUAUAGCAUGACAGCUGCUGUUAAAGAGAUACAAAUGAAAGCAUGCCCAUUUCUUCCAGAAAAAAGGAAAGGGAACGUUACUACGGUAUUACAGCCUUGUGACUUCUUCUUUGAAAUGAAACAGUCAGGUACUAAUCCACAGACAGCUGAUCUAACGCUUAAAUCUCUAACAAUAAAAGUUUCACCAAUGAUUAUAAACACAGUAAUUACUAUUACAUCAGCCCUUUAUCAAACUGCAGAAACAACAGAAGAAGAGAUCACUCAAAUUCCUCCAGACUUGUGGAAUAAGAAAGAUAUAAAAAAUCUAAAAAUGUGGUUUCUCGAGGAGUCAAAUGAAAAUGAAGAUAGAAAUCCAACUGCUGAACUGGUUCCCACGGGAGAGUCAUUGAAAAUGAAUGUAGAAUCUGUUUUUCUAACACUUGAAGCUGGGGUUGGGCACCGAACUGUACCAAUGCUUUUAGCCAAGUCCUCGUUUCUUGGAGAAGUCAAAAACUGGAGUAGUCUAAUCAACCUACGUUCUUGUCUUGAGCUAGAGGUACACUAUUUUAACGAGAUGUUUGGGGUGUGGGAACCUUUGCUUGAACCACUAGAAGUUGAGAAGACUGAUUUAUUCAAACCAUGGAUUCUUGAAAUCAAGAUGAAGAAGAAGGCUAAAAAAGCAUUGGUUGAAUCAGAUGCAGAAGAAGAAAACUACAAAGUUCCGGAAUAUAAAACAGUGAUAAAUGUUUCCUCAAAAGACCAGCUGAACAUUACGCUAUCCAAAUGUGGACUACAAAUGUUGAGUAACUUGGGCACGGCAUUUGCUGAAGCAGCUAGUCAAACUUCGGACAUCUUCAAAAAAGACCGAGCACCAUUUGUAAUAAAAAAUUCGUUAGGACUUCCCAUCACUGUCUCACCUAGUGAUUCCUUUAGUGUCCUUAAUGUUGAGUUUGGAGCAAAAGUAUUUCAUUUAAGAGAUGGAGAGAAUUUAAACAUGGAAUUUGUCAGAACUAAAAAUGAGAGCGACCAGUUCACAGCAAUGACAACUCUGAGUAGCAAGAGGUUUUACAUUCAGAUCUGUCCACAUAAUCAUUCCGCUGUGGAAAAGAUUCCAUUGACAAAAGUGGGUCGAUGUAUUUACAGAGUGAGACAUGAGGAAUCGGGUGUUGAAAGGGCCAUUGUCUGCCAAAUAGAUACUGUUGAAGGAAGCAAGAUGAUAACUAUACGUUCUCCUAUUCAGAUAAGGAAUCAUUUUUCAAUCCCGUUAAAUAUUUUUGAGGAAGGAAGAUGUUUAGGGACUGCUUCACCAGAAAAUGAAUUCAACAUACCGUUGUCCUCUUACAGAUCUGUACUGAGUUUACAACCACUACCCAAUGAAAAUGGAGUGGAUGGAGAAUAUGAUAUGUGUGAAGGAAUUACAUUUGAUGAAAUUAUGAAAAAUGUUGACAGUUUACUACAAAGGAAAUGCCAGUCUGUGAGGUCGACUAACCACUCACUUAUCAUCAAUAUUGUGUCUAUAAAAGACACAUUGACAUCUUCAUUGUUGACGUCUUCAUUAUGUGCAGAAGAUCACUGGGAUUUUCCAUAUGUUGUUCAUUUAUGGCCUUCUGUUCUUCUCCGCAAUCUUCUUCCUUAUCAAAUAACUUACUCUGUAGAGGGAAAUGGGAACAAAUAUGACACUCUACAAGAAGGAUGUUCAGCCCAGAUUCAUAAUGCAGUAUUGGAUCAAACAAAACUAGAUUUACAGUUACUUAACUAUCUUGAUCAAAAUUGGAAGAGUGAGUACCAUAUAAAAAGCAAUCUACCUGAUAUCAGCUUCACGACGUUUUACUGCAUCACAGAGUUGGAUAAGACUGAACUGGACAUUGCUGUCCAUGUGACCUAUACAACUGGGCAGAUGAUUGUAGCAAUUCACAGUCCGUACUGGAUGGUAAAUAAAACUGGUCGAAUGUUGCAAUACAAAGCUGAUGGUAUUCACCGCAAGCAUCCUCCAGAUUACAAAAAGCCACUGCUUUUUUCUUUCCAGCCCAAAAACUUCCUCCAAAAUAACAAGGUGCAACUUAUGGUAACUGACAGUGAACUAUCUGAUCAGUUUUCACUGGACACUGUUGGAAGUCAUGGUUCUGUGAAAUGCAAGAGUCAUAAAAAGGAAUAUCAAGUUGGUGUCACCAUAAACAACAGCAGUUUUAAUAUUACUAGAAUUGUAACUUUCACUCCAUUUUUUAUGAUCUCAAAUAGAAGCAAAUACACUUUGGAGGUAGCUGAAGAAGGCAAGGAAAAGUGGAUUCCUAUUGUUUUGCAACAGUGCAUUCCCUUUUGGCCUGAAAAUGAUGCCAACAAACUGCUUGUUAGAGUUGAAAAUUCUGAUCUUCCCCCAAAGAAGAUAAAUUUUGAUAAGCAAGAAAACUGUCUGCUACUGCAUUUGGACAACAAGCUUGGAGGAAUUACAGUGGAUGUUAACCUGACUGAACAUUCUACAGUGAUUACCUUUUCUAAUUACCAUGAUGGCGCAGCUCCAUUUCUGUUGAUAAACCAUACUAAAGAGGAAAUUAUUGAGUAUGGACAAAGCUCCCUCAGUGAAUUGGAAGACUGUCUUCAGCCAAAUAAGGCAGUACUAUAUACUUGGGCAGACCCAGCAGGAUCUAGAAAAUUGAAAUGGAAAUGUGGAAAUAGAACUGAGGAAAUUACCCCAAAAGAGGACAAAAUGGAAAUACUCAGCCUGGAUUGUAGAAAAGUGGUCUAUUUAGUGUCAUUUUUUGAAGGUUUGCAGCGUAUUGUCCUGAUCACUGAAGAUGAGAAUGUAUUUAAAUUGACGUAUGAAAGUGUAAAAGCAGAACUAGCAGAACAAGAAAUUAUUCUGUCUUUGCAAGACGUUGGAAUUUCGUUGGUUAAUAACUACACAAAGCAAGAAGUGUCCUACAUUGGAAUUACAAGUUCUGAUGUGGUUUGGGAGACAAAACCCAAGAAGAAAUCAAGAUGGAGACCAAUGAGUGUUAAGCAGACUGAUAAAUUAGAACAAGAAUUCAGAGAUUACAGUGAGCUAACUCCUUCAGAAAAUAAGAUUAUUGAGUUGGAAUCAAAUGUUUUGGUAUGUUUAACUCCUAAUGGAAUGAACAUGAAAAUUCAUCAACCAAAUGAGAUUCCUAUUAGAAGGAAUUACCUGCCAGCUUUAAAAGUAGAAUACAGUUCAUCUGCACAUCAGAAGUCUUUCAGAAUUCAAAUUUACAGGAUACAGAUACAAAACCAGAUUCCUGGAGCCAUAUUUCCCUUUGUGUUCUAUCCUAUUAAACCUCCAAAGUCCAUCACCUUGGAUUCAGCACCAAAACCAUUUACCGAUGUCAGUAUUGUCAUGAGAACUGCAGGACAUUCACAAAUAUCUCAUAUUAAGUAUUUUAAGGUCCUGAUUCAAGAGAUGGAUCUCAGAUUAGAUCUUGGCUUCCUAUAUGCACUGGUUGAGUUCUUUACACAGACUGAUGUGCUGAGUGACCAAGAGCUAGAACUUUUCAAAAAGGAUGUUGAAUCUCUUCAAGAAGAACUGAUGAGUGUGUCAUCAAUGGAUACGUCACAAAUCAGCUUGUAUGAAUACUUUCAUAUCUCUCCAAUUAAGUUACACUUAAGCUUUUCACUCAGUACGGGUGGAGAAGAUAGUAACAAAGAAGAAAGAAAGAAUGAAUUGAUACCGCUUCAAUCCUUGAAUCUCCUGCUUAAGAGUAUAGGGGCCACCCUCACAGAUGUACAAGAUGUUGUCUUUAAGUUGGCAUUCUUUGAACUCAGCUAUCACUUCUGUACUACACAACAGCUCCAAUCAGCAGUUGUAAGGCAUUAUUCAAAACAGGCUAUUAAACAGAUGUAUGUUCUUAUUCUUGGCCUUGAUGUCUUGGGUAAUCCAUUUGGAUUCAUAAGAGGCUUGUCUGAAGGAGUAGAAGCAUUCUUCUAUGAACCUUACCAGGGAGCCAUCCAGGGUCCUGAAGAAUUUAUAGAAGGAAUGGCACUAGGACUCAAAGCACUAGUAGGGGGAGCUGUUGGUGGAUUAGCUGGUGCUGCAUCAAGAAUCACUGGUGCUAUGGCAAAAGGAGUAGCUGCGAUAACUAUGGAUGAGGAUUACCAGCAGAAGAGGAGGGAAGCCAUGAAUAAACAGCCCACUGGUCUAAGAGAGGGCAUCACUCGUGGUGGAAAAGGAUUAGUUUCUGGUUUUGUCAGUGGCAUAACAGGAAUAGUUACAAAACCAAUAAGAGGAGCUCAGAAAGAAGGAGCAGCUGGUUUUUUCAAAGGUGUUGGAAAAGGCUUAGUGGGAGCAGUAGCUAGGCCUACUGGAGGAAUCAUAGACAUGGCAAGCAGCACAUUUCAAGGCAUUAAAAAAGUUGCAGAUUCAUCAGAAGAUGUGAUAAGCCUGCGCCCACCUCGCUUCUUUGGUGAAGAUGGAGUUAUUAGACCUUACAGAUUAAGAGAUGGAACCGGAAGUCAAAUGUUACAGAAAAUUGAAAAUGGAAGAUUUGCAAAACUCAGAUAUAUUGCACAUGCUAUGGUCAACAGUACAGAUCUGUUAAUGGUAACAAAAAGUGGUGUGUUGUUUGUGACAAAAGGGACAUUUGGACAGCUGACAUGUGAAUGGCAAUACACUUACGAUGAAUUUACCAAAGAACCAUUCAUCGUUGAUGGCAGAAGAUUACGCAUUGAAGCCAAGGAACGAGUUAAGUCUGUGUUCCAUGCCAAAGAAUUUGGAAAAAUUAUUAAUUUUAAAAGUCCAGAGGAUGCUAAGUGGAUCCUUUCUAAACUGGAAGAAGUGAGAGAGAAUCAGCCAAAAUUGUAA